AUGUAUGACUUAAAGGCUUGGGCUGAGUAUGUUGUGGAAUGGGCUGCAAAGGAUGGCUUCCUUACAUACGGCUUCCUUACAACAGUUAUUUUGGCUCUGACUCCAUUGUUUCUAGCAAGUGCUGUGCUGUCUUGGAAACUGGCCAAGAUGAUUGAGGCCAGGGAAAAGGAGCAAAAGAAACAAAAACGUCAAGAAAAUAUUGCAAAAGCUAAACAACUAAAAAAGGAUUGA